UCCUGCCCACUUUAUUCCCCGUUCUCUGUGGUAAAUAGCAGGAGUGACGACCUUACAAACGUACAGACCGGCAGGAGCCAGGGAAACAGAAAACUCCACUUGGCACUUCCUUUGUUCGCCAGGUCUACAUUCAUAUAUCCCGAUUCCCAUCGUUCCUAACAACCCACAACCCAAGCACGAAUACCCUUUCUUACCUCACACAAACUCGUCUUGCGCUCUAAAGUUUCUUUACCAAAACACAACAUCGCAACAUUAUUCCAUCCACCCGCAAUAAUGCAUUUUUCAUCUAUCAUUACCAGUCUUAUCGCAGCUGCGACUUGCAUCUCUGCCCUUCCGGCACCGCAAUUGGCUAAGAGAGACAUGGGAGGUGUCCUGAUCUGCAAUGGCGCCAAUGCCACAGGCACAUGCCACUAUGAGGUCUACUCGAUGCACGAUUGCCACGAGCUACCCGAUGGCCUAAUCAACAAUGCCAAGACUUUCGCUCCCGAUGGCGAUGCCUUCUACUGCUGGCCUAAGGUAGGCCGCUGUGAUCAGAUCUGCACGUCGCCAACCGGUUGCACAUUCGGUGCUGUAUCCUUCUACAACCCCGUCAAAUGGGAUCUGUCGACCAUAAAGUGGGAUACUUUGAUCACAUCCUUCGAGUGCGCGCUCAACCAAACCACGAAGGCAUAGGCGCACGACGAAACUUUCGAAAAUGUUGGCAACUCGGCAUGGCGCUAAUGAAGCAGACAAUCGUCUGUUGUUAAUAUUUCCAAGCCUUGUUCUCCAACACUACUUAAUGCGAAGUUGGACCGACUUUCCCGUUUAUUAACGGGCUGCCGGCGACGGAGUCUAAUCGGUAUUCGGGUUCUUUUUGGAAUUAGAAGCUGCCAAUGACGUCGCUCAAGCGGCUUAGAAUGUGGGGUAGAUAAAGAAAAAUGGCUUGCUCUAGGACCCAGGACC